AUGUGAAUGAGACCGGCCGAUUUACAACUCGAAGAUUCACAAAGCCUCCUGCGCGUCUUCAAACCAUACACUCACAGUGUUGGAUCAAAGCGAACACAAAAACCAUCGUUACGUAUCCCUGUUUAUUUUACCACGGGCCGUGAAGGCAGCACAAGCUCCUCCUCCGGGAGUCCGAGCGGGAAGUUCAGACGGCCGUGGAGCUCAAACGCAGCAAAUGUUCCGCUGCUGCGGCAGCUUUGCUUCAACGAAAAAAAAAAAAUUACUUCUGAGCGAUUUUUAACCGCAGAGCUCUGCAGCCAUGUCCGGCAACACCGAGGACAGGAGCACCCCUGCGCCCAGGUGCUUCGGACAGUGUACCUACACAGCUGAGGAGUACCAGGCGGUGCACAACGCUCUGCGCCAGAGGCUGGGACCAGAGUACAUCAGUUCCAGACUGGCUGGAGGAGGACAGAGGGUGUGCUACGUCGAAGGGCAUCGUGUCAUCAGCCUGGCUAAUGAGAUGUUCGGAUACAACGGAUGGUCUCACUGCAUCUCUCAGCAGAAUGUCGACUUCGUCGACCUCGUCAACGGGAAGUUUUAUGUCGGCGUCAGUGCGUUUGUCAAAGUUCAGCUGAAGGACGGGUCGUUCCAUGAGGAUGUAGGCUAUGGAGUCAGCGAGGGACUGAAAUCUAAAGCUCUGUCACUGGAAAAGGCGAGAAAGGAAGCUGUCACUGAUGGCAUGAAGAGAGCACUCAAAUGCUUCGGUAAUGCCCUUGGAAACUGCAUCUUGGAUAAAGAAUACCUCCUCGCCAUAAACAAGAUCCCCAAACAGCCUCCUCCUCCUCUCGACCCGGCCCAGACCAAGCGCUCGGCGGGGGAACCCUCAGUGGAGAAGGCCCGGUUCUCCAGCCUGGUCCGAGAGGAAAAACUUGUAUCUGCGACGGGCCCUGCCGGGAUGCCGCUCGAGCCCCGAGUCCUCAACCAGAACUGUUCAGACAUUCGCACUCCUAAUAGCGGCCCUGCUCCCGACAGGAAGAGGGAGAACAUCAGCUCCAGACCUGCCAUGGACUCGGUGGACGCCGUCGGGUCUGAAGCGCACACAGACCCGAAACAGCUGAGGAAGCUACGACAGCAGCAGCUGCAGCAGAAGUUCAGGAGAGAGAUGGAGGCCAAGAAGCUGCAGCAGAAGGAGGAUCAAGCCAAGUGGGAGGACGGAGAGGUCGCUAUUGGACAAGGAUCCAGUGGUGGGGACGAAGGUGUAACUGCAUUGAGCGACAGCACUGCGGCUGGACACAGGAAGCCCAGCAGCAGGGAUGAGUACUUAGCAGAUGAUCCUGAGAUCUGGGAUUUCACUCUGGACGGGAUUGAGGAGCUGGAUGUGCCCAAGGGCGGGCCGCCUUCCAGAGGACUCAGGCCCAGCACGCCCGGGAGUCACCGGAUGCAGACGCGCAGUAAGACCCCCCAGAGACCACCGGGAAGACCUCCAGAAGAGGCCCCGUCAUACAGCAGAGGACAGGACAGGACUCAGUACAGGCCUCAACACCAGAACCAGUCUCAGGCGAGAGCAGACGUAGACCUCAGUCCGUACAGACAAGGACAGUACAUGAAGAAACGCAGACUGGACACUUGAGAUUUUAUGUUCGCAUCACUUUCUAGAAUCCAGCCACGUGAUUUUAUUUUUGUGUUUAUAUUUAUUUUGGUGUAAACAUUAAGUUCAUUUUGCGAUGAAUUGCUGCUAUGUCCGAUAUUUGGAGAAAUGUUAUCUGGGUUUGUAAAGAAAAAAUUAAAAAAAUUACCACAUAAGUCAGUCAGCUGUAAUUUUAUUUUUAAUUUUUAAAGUGUAGCAGUUAUCUGUCUAGUCAGGCGGCAGCGGUAAAAAUUUCUUUUGAUCAUUCUCAAAAAAAA